AUGGCGGCUCCACUCCCGCGACCAGGCUGUCGGCUCUUCCGAACGUACGGGGUUGCGGGCGGCGGAAGGCCGCGGCGGCACCCGGUCCGGGAAGCCGCGCAGUGGUUCCCGCCGCAGGACCAGAAGCGUUUCUUUAGCAGCAGCGAGACCAGCAGCGGCAGCCUCUCACAGUCUGUCGUUUCCGACGAUCCUGCCGACCCGGACUUCCCUGGCAGCCCAGUCCGUAGACGGCGGAGGCGCCCUGGUGGCCGAGUCCCCAAAGACCAGCCGAGCCUGCCCGGGACCGCAAGACGUCUGAGGCUGAGAUCUCGGUCCAAUCUGAUCGUAAGCCCAAGAAACCCACGUCUGCGACCUCGGCCCCCGCAGAAGUGCAGCACACCCUACGGCCAGUUCCGACCGCUGCCCUUCUCCAGCCGCAGCCCGGACCACCUCAGUCGGGACCUCAGCGUGUGCAGCCGGUCCGCAGACGGCCACGAGCUGGGCACCAGUGCCUCCCUGUUCAGCUCCCCGGCCUCGCCGGGCCCCGAGUCCCUAGCGCCCAGGGACAGUAUCAUCUGUGUUAGCUCCUCCGCUUCUCUGGAUGCAGCCUCUGCAGUCCCGAACGGCUUCCAUUUCCCAGAAGCCUCCCUGGACCGAGAAUCUCUCCCCAGCCCCCAGAAGGCAGCAACAGAAGGAAGGUUCACCAGGAUGGUCCACCAAGCCCGUGCCAGCCUCAGGUCAGCUCUCUUUGGCCUUGGUGAGUCAGGAAACCCUGAGGAUUCUGAGUUUGAGACGGAUGGGGAGAAUAUGACGGAGUCCUACUGUGAAAGGGAACUAGUGGAAAACAGACUGGAGGGCCCAGGUCCAUCAAGGACAGGUAAGAAGAGGGCCACAGAGCAGGACUCUUGUCAAGAGAGUCAGGGGACUGUCGAGGUAAAAUAUAAGGAGGCCACUGUACGUACUGUACCUGGGGGAACCAACAAGCCUAAGAGAACUGGGCCAUGCCGGAAGAGGAAACAUCAGGAGUCAGUGGAAAACUCCCUCCAUUACCACCAGCUUAAAAAGGGACGAAGGAUGGGAAAAGAUUCAGUCCUCACCAGGGACCUAACUCCUGUACAGAAUGCCUGCUCUUGGACCAAAGCCAGGGCCUCCUUCAGUUUUCACAAGAAGAAAAUUGUGACUGAUGUGUCAGAGGUAUGCAGCAGCUAUACCGUUGCCAGUUCUUUCUCUGGGUCCUUCAUAGCAGAAUAUUCAAACCCUCCUGUCAUGAACAGAGCAAAUAGUGCUUUUUCCCCUGGGCAUUCCUCUUUGUACUUGUUAAGCCCCUCAAAGACUCUACAUAGUGCAAACAAAAAGGCAUCUGAUGCUGAAAAGGUUUAUGGGGAAUGCAAUCAGGAAGGACCCAUUCCCUUUAGCCAUUUUUUUUCCACAGAAAAACUAGAUCACUGUGAGAAGAUUGGGGAAGGGGUGUUUGGUGAAGUGUUUCAAACAAUUGCUGAUCACACACCUGUAGCCCUAAAAAUCAUUGCUAUUGAAGGACCAGAUUUAGUCAAUGGAUCCCAUCAGAAAACCUUUGAGGAAAUACUGCCAGAGAUCAUCAUCUCCAAAGAGUUAAGCCUUUUGUCUAAUGAAGUGUACAACCGUACAGAAGGAUUUAUUGGGCUGAACUCAGUGCACUGUGUUCAAGGGUCUUACCCUCCAUUUCUCCUCAAAGCCUGGGAUCAAUAUAAUUCAAGCAAGGGGUCUGCAAAUGACCGACCUGACUUUUUUAAGGAAGACCAGCUCUUCAUUGUGUUGGAAUUUGAGUUUGGAGGGGUUGACUUAGAGCAAAUGAAAAAGAAGUUGUCUUCCAUAGCUACUGCAAAGAGUAUUCUACACCAGAUCACAGCAUCGCUAGCAGUGGCAGAGGCAUCGUUGCACUUUGAGCAUCGAGACUUACAUUGGGGGAAUGUGCUUUUAAAGAAAACCCACCUCAAAGAGAUUCCCUACAUCCUCAAUGGGAAGACAAGCACCAUCCCCACCUGUGGGCUGCAAGUCAGCAUCAUUGACUACACCCUGUCACGCUUAGAACGGGAUGGAAUUGUGGUUUUCUGUGACAUUUCCAUGGACGAGGACCUAUUUACAGGUGAAGGUGACUACCAGUUUGAGAUCUACAGGCUCAUGCGUAAGGAGAAUGACAACUGCUGGGGUGAAUAUCACCCUUACAAUAAUGUGCUGUGGCUACAUUACCUCACAGAUAAAAUCCUGACACAAAUGACCUUCAAGACCAAAUGUAACACUCAUGCCAUGAAGCAAAUAAAGAAAAAGAUCCAGUAUUUCCAUAAAACAAUGCUGAACUUCAGCUCUGCCACCGACCUGCUCUGCCAACAUAGUCUUUUUAAGUAA